CAGUCUAUUUAUUGUAGUUGCUUCACAUCUGAAAAUUAGUUACAAUUUGCUGUCUGAAAUUAAAUUCAUUUGUUUAGAGAUUAUUUUAUUACUCAAAAUACUUUUUAUUGUUUAGAAAUUCUCUUAAAAGUGAUCCGUUUUUCAUAUUGUUUAAAUAACUGUCAUGAUUGCAAUCGAUUUAAGUUCAUAGUAUUGGAUACGAAUAGUAACUAAUCGAAAUCUCGAUAUCUCGUUAUAUUUUCAUCAGUUUUGCUAAGUGGACAACCCUAACAGAAACGUCUUGUUCCGUUUUGUUUAGAAAAAUUUAGAGGAAGAUAAAUUGUUUUAAAAUGGAAGCAGCAACGGAAGAUACUCAAAAAGAAAGCACAGAAAAUGUGCAAUCUAACAAUACCGCUACUGAAUCAACACCGACACCGCCGCUUGAAGUAAAAAAAGGGAAACGAGAUGACCGUAGCAGACGAGAUGAUAAAAAUGUUGAGCAGUUUAUGAAAUCGUUGAACUCCGUACCAACGCUUGAGGAGAAACUGUCUCUAGUGUGUAAGAAAUAUGUUCAGACUGCGGAUGACAAUAAAAAGAUGCAGUUUUACAUCAAGCAGUCGGACAAGCGCCACGCAAUGUUGUUAAAGGAGAAAGAACAGUUACAACUUGAGUUCAAUAAGACAAUUCUCGUCAAAUCUAAGUUGGAAAAUCUCUGCAGGGAAUUACAGAAACAGAAUAAAGCUAUUAAGGAAGAAUCUCUACUGAAAAUCCGUGAAGAGGAGGAACGUCGCAAGGAGACACAGGCCAAGUUCCAGAACACUCUGUCAGAGAUCACGGCCAUGCUGCAGCAGAACAAUGAGAAGAAUGCCAAACUCCGGGAUGAUAAUAUCAGUAUGAGCGAGAAAUUCAAGUCUGUGGUGCAGCAGUACCAGCUUAGGGAACAACAGGUGGAUAAAAUGGCGAAACAAAUGGCAUUAGAAUCCCAACUAUCCGACGCCAAGAUGCAAAAGGCGAGCUUAGAGCAUCAAGCAGACAAGGAGAGACUGCUGGCUGAGAUGGAGCAGGUCAAGGUCACGCUCGCGCAAUAUAGAGCCAAGAUCAUGGAGCUACAGGGAACUGAGACUAGUUUGCGCAGUCAGUUAGCGGUGUACACGGAUAAAUAUGACGAGUUCCAGAAUGCGUUGGUGAAAAGCAAUAAGAUGUUCACCAGCUUCAAAGAACAAAUGGAUAUGAUGGCAAAGAAGAUCAAAAGGUUGGAGAAGGAGUCUCUGUCGUGGAAGACACGUUGGGAGACAUCGCAGACAGCCUUACUGGACAUGUGUGCGGAGAGACAGGCCGCCACCGAGCGCGCCACCGCGUCUGCCAGGCAACUACACCACAUGCAGAGUCUCUGCCGCACUUUACAGGCGGAGCGUACAGUAUUACUGAGCACCUUGAAGGACAACAACAUAGAGCGGCCGGCGCUGCCCGCGCUGCCGCCCACGCCGGCCCCGCCGCCGCCCGCACCGCUCGCGCAACAACCUGCGUCUAAUGCUAAGGUUGAUGCGAUGGCCGCCAACUGUGCCCAACUGCGCCAGAGUCUCGCACAUCUACAAAGUCAAUUAAACACAUUGACAAACAAACCAACCGAAGAAUCGCCCGCACCUGAAAAAGUAGAGAAAACAGAAAAACAAAAGAAAUCCAAAUCUAAGAAGAAUAAAGCAGAGAAAGCUAAAGCCGAAGCUGAAAAGGCAGCAGAAGCAGCUAAAGAAACAGAGAGUAAUGAGGAGGUUGAAAGUAAUGAAGCAACCGCUACAGUAGAAGUUGAAAACGUAGAAGAAAUUCAACCUAGUGCCAAUGAAGAUAUAACUGAAAUUGAUAGUGACAAGGUUGAUGAAAAAACACUAGAGAAUCUAAUACAGGCGAUAAACAAUGCUAAUAUCAACCUUUGUGACUUGGAAGUUGUAAACGAUGAAAUUUUAGAGGUAACACCUCAAGAAAAUUCAGAAGGGAAUUCGGAAAAAGUUGUGAUUAAAGAAAACGAAACCCAGUCAGUGGAACCAAAAGAAUCGACGUCGAAUGAAAGUCCAAUGAAAACCCAGACAGCGGAAGCGAAAGUAAUGACGUCGAAUGAAAGUCCAUUCAAGACCCAGACACCGGAAGCGAAAGAAAUAACGUCGAAUGAAAGUCCAAUCAAAACCCAAAUAGCGGAAGCGAAAGAAACAGCUUCGAAUGAAAGUCCUCUCAAAACCCAGACAGUGGAAGCGAAAGAAAUGAAGGUAAAUGAAAGUCCAAUCAAAACACAGAGAGCGGAAGUGAAAGAAACGGCUUCGAAUGAAAGUCCAAUCAAAACCCAGUCAGUAGACGCGAAAGAAUCGAAGUCGAAUGACAGUCCAAUCAAAAUCGAGACAGCGGAAGCGAAAGAAACGACUUCGAAUGAAAGUCCAGCGGCGUCACCGGUAAAGGAGCCUUCAAGUGAUAGUACGGGAGUCACAAAUGUAGAAGUAGAAACAGUCAUAGAAACCAACAUUAAUGACGUAAACGAAGUGUUAUCUAAGUUUUUAAAUGAAGUACAAGAGGUAGCCACGGUGAUCGGAUGCGGGGACGCUGACGUAACAAUCGUAGAAUCGUCUAAUGAAGAAGUUUCGCACGUAAACGAAGUGAAACCGAUACCAAGCGACGCAUAAACAAUUUGUGUAUAUAAAUUCUAGUGUUUUGGACUUUUCUACGUUGUUUUAUAGAAUCAAUACAUUUUGGAACAUUCUUAUGUUAUUGUUAGUAUCAUACACAUUUGUUAGGGCUGCCACGUUUUGUUACUAUGUAAUCUAGAUCAAGAAAUUGCCAGUAUUAAGUUUAGUAAGAAAAGUGUAUGUAGAAUAUAUAAUAUGGUUUCAAUAAAUUAAUAUAUCAAUCAUGCUGUUUAUCAUUUGUUUGAUAGACAUUACUAUAAAAAAGCAUUUAACUUUGAACGUUCGAAAGCUACAUAUAUUCGAGUUUUCAUCAUAACUGUGGACAGGCAAAAUGUUCAGUCCCUUUGCCAGAUCCAAAAAUAUCUUACUUUUGCUACGAUUCAUAAAAUUAUUUUAUAUUUUAAAAGUACACAGUAAAGUAUCAAAUGUGUAUGAUACAACAAUAUGCAAGUAUUAAUAAGGUAGUAUUUUGUUUUCUUAAUGAAUUUAUUUUAAAUCAAGCAGCCCCAUCCACUGGAAAUAAAGAGCCUAUGUGUUGCUAUCAAUACAUGAACGAUCGGCUUUCCGGAGAUUAUCAUAUCAUUGGGUAUAUUUUCAUGAAACAUACUAUAUACGCAACACAAUACUUCUGAUUAAGGGCCUGAUACACAAUGUCUGGAUAGUCGCUUAGGACCUGAUAAACCCUGGAAAUGAGUAACCAAUUUCAAUUAAAAAUCGAAGAAUCGAUAUUUGUUUUCACUCAAUGGCCAUGGUAACUAGAAUACCAAAAAUCGAUCAUUAUGUUUUAGGUUUACUCAAGUAAGUUUCAAGCCAUAUUAGAGGCCUUUAAGAAACAAGUCGAUUUCCUCAUCAUACAGUUACUUGAGUAAGCUGAAAAACAUAAUAAUUUUACUGAUUUUGCAUUGAGGUUGGUUAAUAAUUUUGGCUGAAACAUAGAAAGUAAUUUGUAUGAACAAUCUGUCACAUAAGUUUAUCAGGUACUUAUAUGAAGGUGGUACAACAGGCCCCAAAUAUGUUUUAACGACAGCGAAGAAGUUAACUAAGAGACAGUUGCGUAACUAUACAGAUGGACCCCCUUUGUCUAUUAAACAGAGAAGUUCAGGUAUGGACCUUUGAACGGGGGCCCCUUUCGUCCAGAGCCUCUGGCAUUUUCCAGACAUGCCACCACCCUGUAGUUACGCCACUGCUUACGGAGGAAGUUCUCUGUUGUUUAGCUCUUUGCGAAGCAACCAUGUUAAGGCGGCCUUAAAAAAUAUUGCUUUAGGAAUGUUGGUUUAUAGAUCAUAUUUUAAGUGACAUAGCGCUUCCAUCCAGGUUAAAAAACAUAUUUGCAAGUUCGUAUGGUUGGCUAGAUACUUAUUAUUGUAACAAAAUCGUUAUAUAUGAACAACAACUAGCAGUUAUUGUGUUCUCGUCCUUAUCUCUAAGGAAAUAAGGGUGAAAAAUGUUCACUGUAAAUAAAAAUUGUGUGUGUAGCUUUAGUUUUCUUACAACCAGUUCAAAACGAUGUUUUAAAAAUGUCUCAAGUGCCUAAAAUAAGUCUAGUCAGGUAACAGUCAUAAAAAUUGAGCAGGAAUCAUCUAAAUGUGAAUUAAAAAUAUAUUAAAAUGUUCAACGUUUUUCUGAUUUAUAUUAGAUUUUUUAUUAUCUUCGAUUUGUAAACUACUGGCCUAAUAUCUUAUAAUAUGGAAAACUUGCACAAGCACCAUAUAAUUGUUAAUUUAAUUUUCAUUAUAAUUAUUGCUGUGUGAUGAUGAUGAUGUAUGGAAGUCAUCUGAUAUAAUU